AUGGUCGCGCCAAAGAUCGUCGUCCCUCCCGGAUCAAACGUGAUCGACUUGAGCAAAGCGCAAACGUUGUUCGACUUGGCGAGGGAUGGGAACAUUGUUCUCAUCAAACGAGUCGUGGACUCGGGCGCGGACGUGAACGCGGGCGACGAAGACGGCAAAGCGCCUCUGCACUGGGCGGCGGUAUAUGACAAAGUGGACGCAAUCCGAUGUCUCGUGCGCGAGUGUAAGGCGAACGUGAACGUGUGCGACGGCGGUGGUAACGCCCCGCUGCACUGGGCGACGUGGUAUGAGCAGUUGGACUCGAUCCGAUGUCUCGUGAGCGAGUGCAAGGCGAACGUGGACGCGGUCGACGAGGAGGGUAGGACGGCUCUGCACUUGGCAGCGUGGAAUGACAAAGUUGCCGCGAUCCGGUGUCUCGUGAGCGAGUGCCAGGCAAACUUGAACGUGGUCGACGCGGAGGGCAGAACGCCUCUGCAGCAUGCGAACAAAUCGACGACACAAAAACUUCUUCGUGAACUCGUGAGCAAAGAAGAAACGCUGUUCGACGCGGCGAGGGGUGGGAACAUUGGGCUCAUCAAACGACUCGUGGACUCGGGCGCGGACGUGAACGCGGGCGACGAAGACGGCAAAGCGCCUCUGCACUGGGCGGCAGUACAUGACAAAGUGGACGCAAUCCGAUGUCUCGUGCGCGAGUGUAAGGCGAACGUGAACGUGUGCGACAGCGGUGGUAACGCCCCGCUGCACUGGGCGACGUGGUACGACAAAGUGGCAGCGAUCCGAUGUCUCGUGAGCGAGUGCAAGGCGAACGUGGACGCGGUCGACGAGGAGGGUAGGACGGCUCUGCACUUGGCAGCGUGGACUGACAAAGUUGCCGCGAUCCGGUGUCUCGUCGAGUGCAAGGCAAACUUGAACGUGGUCGACGCGGAGGGCAGAACGCCUCUGCAGCAUGCGAACAAAUCGACGACACAAAAACUUCUUCGUGAACUCGUGAGCAAAGAAGAAACGCUGUUCGACGCGGCGAGGGGUGGGAACAUUGUUCUCAUCAAACAACUCGUAAAGUCGGGCGCAAACGCGAACGCUGGCGACGAAGACGGCAAAGCGCCUCUGCACUGGGCGGCAGUACAUGACAAAGUGGACGCAAUCCGAUGUCUCGUGCGCGAGUGUAAGGCGAACGUGAACGUGUGCGACAGCGGUGGUAACGCCCCGCUGCACUGGGCGACGUGGUAUGAGCAGUUGGACUCGAUCCGAUGUCUCGUGAGCGAGUGCAAGGCGAACGUGGACGCGGUCGACGAGGAGGGUAGGACGGCUCUGCACUUGGCAGCGUGGAAUGACAAAGUUGCCGCGAUCCGGUGUCUCGUGAGCGAGUGUCAGGCGAACUUGAACGUGGUCGACGCGGAGGGCAGAACGCCUCUGCAGCAUGCGAACAAAUCGAUGACACAAAAACUUCUUCGUGAACUCGUGAGCAAAGAAGAAACGCUGUUCGACGCGGCGAGGGAUGGGAACAUUGGGCUCAUCAAACGACUCGUGGACUCGGGCGCGGACGUGAACGCGGGCGACGAAGACGGCAAAGCGCCUCUGCACUGGGCGGCGGUAUAUGACAAAGUGGACGCAAUCCGAUGUCUCGUGCGCGAGUGUAAGGCGAACGUGAACGUGUGCGACGGCGGUGGUAACGCCCCGCUGCACUGGGCGACGUGGUACGACAAAGUGGCAGCGAUCCGAUGUCUCGUGAGCGAGUGCAAGGCGAACGUGGACGCGGUCGACGAGGAGGGUAGGACGGCUCUGCACUUGGCAGCGUGGAAUGACAAAGUUGCCGCGAUCCGGUGUCUCGUGAGCGAGUGCCAGGCAAACUUGAACGUGGUCGACGCGGAGGGCAGAACGCCUCUGCAGCACGCAAACAAAUCGGGGACGAAGAAACUUCUUCGUGAACUCGGAGCAACGUCACAAAAGUGA